AUGAUCGUCGGAAAUUCAAAACUAUAUACAUCCAUAGAAACUGUGAUGGCUAAUGCCGAUAGUACCGCCUACCCCGUUGAAUUUCUCAACUUCUCAGAGUUAACAGGUGAAUGUUUGCAUAAGUUGGAGCUUAAAUUUGGCGUUCCAGCUCUGCUGAUGCGAAAUCUUGAUGCACAAAGACUGUGCAACGGAACCAAGCUUCAUAUCGGAGAGCUUGGCAGUAAUUUUAUAAAAGCUACCAUUAUUACAGGAGCUGCUAAAGGAGAAAGCGUUUUAAUUCCCGGCAUAUCUGUUAUUCCAAACAUCUUUCCAUUUUGUUUCAGGAGGUUGUAA